UGACCUGCAACAUCUAAGACCCUGGUACGAACGUCCUGGAAAAGAUGCGACGGGCAACCUCGUUUUCCAGUCUUUGGCUUCGUUGCUGCAGUUGGCCCCGAACGCCAAGUAUACCAAUGGCCAUACAACUAUCCGUGCCAGUAUCCCUCCGGGUACCCUCCUCUACCACGGACGCCACAUGAAAGAGCCCCCGAUGAGGGACUGGAUUGCAUUUGACCCGGAGCAUUCUCAACCCUUUACAGGAGGUUGAACGGCACGCUCUUUACCUACAGCACCACGCGCGAACUCAAUCUGCUCUUCUUCGACGGCGGUAGUGGGAACAAGUUCGGUGGAACUGUCGAUGCACAAGACGUCCUCUUUUGGGGCGAAGUCAACUAUGAUCCGCAUGACAGCUACUUGGGAGAAAUGGCGCGCUUCCACAGGAUGUGCGAAUGGGGCCGGCAGUACGGCAUUGAUGGGAUUGCCAGGAUGGCGCUUGACUUCGAACUCAUGUACUGCAACAUCUCGGAUGGGCUGGAGUUGGUCUCUGCCCAAUCUUUGGUCGCUAACGAUGGGAUCAAGAUGGUGGUUGAUAUUCCUGACAACAUCACGGCCUCAGAUGCUCCUGCGCGUAUGGUUCCUCCACCCCCGUCCUCACUUCCGGUUCAUCAAGAGCCCAUGAUACCGCCUGAAGACUGGAAAGGCAGUCUGCCUACCACUUUUGCCGAAGUGAGCCAAGCGGGCUCCUGGCACAACUCGGGAGAGGUGCGCAUCCGAGUCGACCCAUCGACUAUGGUUUCGUUCUACGACCCGGCCCUCAUAUCCCUCGUCGAAGCGCGCCGCUUGUCUAGGCGCACUGAAUACCGGCUAACAGGUAUAUCGAAGGAGGAUGUGCGCGUGUGCAGGCGGACGUCGCGGAGAUCCUGACCCGCGACCCAACCGCGAAGAGUGGUGUGGAUUGGCAAGGCCUCGCGCGUGUCAUCCAGGAUCGAUUCUCCAAUCGGCUGCCGUAUGUACGCCACCUCCUUUAUCGACCCUACAGCAAUGCAUCCGAGCGUGCAGUGGACGUACGCAGACAACUCCUUGUGUCGCUUCUCCCUUACAUGCAUCGCGAGCAUGUCGGCAUGCCGGAGUGGUAUGCGCAGAUGGCCGAGGGAUGCGCGACGCGUCACACAACGCGUUUGCCAGUGUCGAAGUUCACCAAGCAGGAAUACGUCCUAUUUGAUGCGACGAAGGAGGUACUGCACGAGAUCUGCCGUGUAUACACGGAAGCUUGGAGGGGGGCGUUCGAUGUCGAAGAGCAAAAUGCGGAGAUCACAGCCGCCUCCUCGCGAAGUGGAGAGAGGAGUUUGACGCGCUGAUUCAAUGGCUAGACUGGCCCGUGUGGAUGAGGUGCGAUCCUCCUUGCGGC